AUGGCUUCAAACUUUCUUAUGGGAGAUGUGAACUUAUCUCUAUCAAACAAUAGCCAUAUUGAAACAAAUGAAGCCGAGGAAGAUCGUAUGCUAUGGUUAGAGAUGCAAUUACUAAAAAGCUCUUUGAUGAUCUUCUAUACAGCACAAGAAAAGAAGAACGUUGUGCUGGAACUGUUUGGUUUAUCAAUUACAAUGUAUUGUGGCCAUAAACCCUGCUAUUCAGAAAUGCUUCCAGACAUUCAGGAGCUGGCCUCGCAAGGGAUGAGCAUUGUGUAUGAACUUGGUGAUGCCUCAAUGAAGGAAAACUUGCUUGUUGAAGACUCUGAAGUGUUUCAAGAGGGAGUUAUGGUGAAGGUCUUAGUGGAGGGAAACUCAGCACGUAUAAGGAGCUUUGCAACGUAG